AUGCUUCAGAUUAGUAGCAACCAGGUGCAGAAAAACACUUCUGAGUUGAAGGAGGCUGAGAGGGUAAGGGUUUCACAAGAAAAAGCUUUGAAAGCUCUUCAGGAUUACACUUUGUCACAUUAUCCUGAAAGUCCUUCCAAAUUUGGAGAAUUGCUUCUAAGGAUUCCCGAGUUGCAGCGAACUUGCCAAGUGGGAAAAGAAAUGUUAACCAUCAAAUCGAAAGAUGGCGAAGGACCUAGUUUCAACCUCCUAAUGGAACUCCUUAGAGGAGACCACUGAAAUGUGCCUUAUAGCUUUGGUGGUGGGCUCAUAUACUACAGACAGUAUUGCUUAAUUACUUUUCUUUAGCUUUAAGU